AUGUCGUCGUGGUGGUGUUUCCUCAUCUUCUUGUUAUUGUCUCUAUUUCAAACUUGUUUCCUUUCUUCUCCUUCUCCUUCUCCUUCUUCUCCACAUUUAUGUUUCCAUGAUGAGAGGCAAGCUUUGCUACAACUGAUGCAGAUGCACUAUCAUUUCCAUCCAAAAUCCAAACACUAUCCUUUCAAGUCUUGGAAUUUGCCCAAUACUGACUGCUGCUUCUGGGAAGGCAUCACAUGCGAUGUCACCACUGGUCAUGUAGUUGGCCUCGAUCUCCCUCAUUCAUCACUCUAUGGUUCUAUCCAUUCCAAUAGCACCCUCUUUCAUCUUCAUCAUCUUCAAAUGCUCAACUUCUCUGGUAACUAUUUUUCAGGGCAAAUUCCAUCACAAAUAUCACAAUUCUCGGAUUUGGUUUCCCUUGACCUCUCUUUUAACCGUUUUGUGGGCCAAAUCCCAUCUGAAAUCUCAUGGCUGACCAAGUUGGUUUUCCUUGAUUUCUCUGGCUAUAGGCUUUCCAAAUUUGAUAUCUAUCGAAGGUUUUUUCAACUUGAAAUCCCUAAUUUGAGAGCAUUUGUUCAAAACCUAUCUAGGUUGAGAGAAUUGCGUCUUGAUGGGGUGGACUUGUCAGCUCAAAAAAAUAGAGAUUGGUGUCGUCACUUGUCAUCCGCACUCCCUAAUCUUCAUGUGCUAUCAAUGAGGAAUUGUUCACUUACAGGCCCCUUGGAUGCAUCCAUCUCAAACCUUCGUUUCCUUUCGGAGCUCUACCUUAGUGAGAACCAAGAUAUCUCUUCCACAGUACCCAGUUCUUUGGUGAACCUCACUUCUUUGACUGUCCUUAGUAUCUGGUAUUGUGGAUUUCAUGGAGUUUUUCCGAGCAAUGUUUUCCUUCAACCUAACCUAACACUGAUUCAUUUAUCAGGUAAUCCUCUCCUCUCAGUUCAGUUACCAGAAUUCCCUGAAGUCAACAACAGUUCUCUUCAAUAUUUGAUUGCCAGCGCCACGAAAUUCCAAGGGCAGUUUCCAAGUUCAGUUGGGAAUCUCAAGUUUUUGAAGAUAUUGUAUCUCGUGAAUUGCAACUUCUCUGGGGCACUUCCACCUUCUCUUGCAAACCUUAGCCAUGUUACCGAAUUGGAUCUUUCAGGGAACAGUUUCAGUGGUCAAAUUCCUUCUAUCUUCAGGGGAAACUUUCCCAAUCUUGAGUAUCUAUGGUUGGACAACAAUUUGCUCCAAGGGCCCAUCCAUUCUUAUUUGUUUUUUCUUCCAUCAUUGCGUGCGCUGAGCUUAUCCUAUAAUCAUUUCAGUGGGGUCAUUAAUGAGCUUAAUCACAACAUUUCUGCUUUUUCUAGUCCUCUGGUGGAAGUUGACUUUUCAGUCAAUGACUUUGGCUACAUGGUGGAAGAUACAAAUCAUUCCUACGAUGGCCGUGACAACUUUGUCAACACUACUCGAAUUUUGGAAUUGCAGAUGAGAUAUUGCAAUAUUAGUAAAUUCCCAAAAUUCCUAAGGACCCUAAAGGAAUUGACAUUUCUAGACCUUUCUUACAAUAAAAUCAGCAAAUUCCCUGAUUUCCCUGGGGAAUUAAGAAGGCUAGACCUUUCUUUCAAUAGAAUUACCAAAUUCCCAAAUUUCAUUAGGAACUUCAAGGCAUUGGAAGAUCUAGAUAUCUCUAGUAAUAGAAUUGAUGGUGCAAUGCCCAAAUGGAUAUGGCAAUUACAGAAUUUGUCAUAUCUAGACCUUUCCAACAACUCCUUGACAGGUGUGGAAUUGCCAUUACCACCUACUAAUCAGUCCUUCAACAUUGAGUAUCUUUAUCUUUACUCAAACAAGAUACAAGACUGUCUUCCAACAGCUCCAUGCUCUUCACAGUCAUUCAAUCAAUCUAACAGUGAUCGAUUUGUGUCUCCUAUCUUAGGGAAUCUCACAUCCCUUCUCUCGAAAGCCAGUCAUUUUUCAAUUUCAGCCAAUAAAUUAACUGGAAAAAUCCCUUUCUCAAUCUGCAGUGCAAGUAAUCUUGAUUUUUUGGAUUUGUCCAAUAAUCAAUUGAGUGGCACUGUCCCAACAUGCCUCGACAGCAGCAACUUGAGGGUGCUAAAGUUAGAAAGCAACAAAUUAAUUGGAAACAUCCCUUUAUCAAUCUGCAAUGCAAGGUAUCUGAAUAUUUUGGAUUUGUCCAAAAACUUCUUGAGUGGCACCAUCCCAACAUGCUUGGGAAAUAUCAACUUGGGCGUACUAAAUUUAGAGAGCAACAAAUUACAUGGACCCAUUCCUCCUGCUUUCAAAGAUGGAUGCACUCUACAUACACUCAAACUCAAUAAUAAUACGCUUCAAGGAAAAGUUCCAAGAUCACUGAGCAACUGCAAGGACCUGGAGGUGUUAGAUAUUGGGUACAACCAGUUGAAUGAUAUCUUCCCAUAUUGGUUGGAAAAUCUUUCUGUAUUGCAGGUUCUUGUCAUGAGAUCAAACAAAUUUGGUGGUCCCAUUGCUCAACUUCCCCAAAUUGAUUCGCCCUUCCCAAGUCUACAUGUCAUUGACCUCUCUUUCAAUGCAUUUAUAGGGAAUUUACCAUUCCAAUAUAUUCUUCAUUGGAAGGCAAUGAUGACUGUUGAGAACGAUUCAGAUUUGAAUUAUAUCAGUUUCUCAAACUCCAAAGGCUACUACUAUCAAGACACGGUUGUAGUUAUGGAGAAGGGACUAUACUUGACAAUGACGGGAAUUUUAACCACCUUUGUCACCAUAGAUCUAUCCAACAACAACUUCAAUGGAGGGAUUGCUGAUGCUUUGGGAAAUUUAAAAGCACUUAAGGUACUCAACUUGUCAGGAAAUAGCCUCAGAGGUAAAAUUCCAUUUUCCUUGGGGAAUCUAAGGGAACUUGAGUCACUAGAUCUUUCAAGAAACAAACUUUCAGGAGAAAUCCCAAGGCAGAUGACAAGUUUGACCUUCCUUUCGGUCUUGAAUGUGUCAUACAAUAACCUUAUAGGAAGUAUACCAAAAGGGAACCAAUUUGACACGUUUUCAAAUGAUUCCUAUGAGGGAAAUGCAGGACUAUGUGGGUUACCUUUGUCGAAGAAGUGUGAAAUAAUAGAUAGAGAAUCACCUCCAACAUCAGCAUUCCAAAAAGAUAAUGAUUCAACAAGUUUACUUGAUUGGAAAUUUAUGGUAGCUGGAUAUUGCUCUGGUUUAAUAAUUGGUUUGGUUGUAGGACAACAAUUGUUUUGGAGCGACAACCAAUACUUUGGAUGUUGGUCGAGAAUCGGAGGAUCCAAGCAGAGGAAAGGAUCAAAGAGGAAGCGCCGCAGCAGAGGAAAUUGA